CAGUUACAUUGCUAUCUCGGCAAAACUCUGAACACUGAGAAUUAGUCUUAUUUUAUCUUCACUGCUUACAAUACAUUGUCUCAGCAGAAAGGUAAUUAACAAAAAUGUCUAAAAUUACGCGACAGAUAAUUACAACCAACAAUGCUGUUAGAUACGAUUUACCUUUUAAUCAAGCAAUCGUAGCUAACGGAUUUGUUUAUCUAUCUGGUUGCAUUGGCUGUGACAAAGACACAAUGCAGUUAGUAUCAGGAGGGGCAGUCCCUGAAACGACAAAAGCAUUAGAACAUGUAACAGCUGUUCUGGAAGCCGCCGGAUCGGGCUUAGACAGAGUUGUUAAGGCAACUGUAUUCAUACAAGAUAUGGCUGAUUUUGCGAAUAUUAACGAGGUGUACAAAAAAUUUUUCCCUAAUAACUAUCCAGCUCGAACCUGUGUACAAGUUGCUAGGCUUCCAAUGAAUGCCAAAGUUGAAAUCGAGGUGGUAGCUUUGACCGGCGACGUUGAAACCAAAUCUAAACUAUAAUUCCUGCUUUUCUAUAAAUACAAUUGUGUGCUCACCA